AUGGCAUCCCCUGCAGACCAAAAACAACCCACGCCUUUCCCCCAUGGCGCUUUCCUGCCCAAUGGCCAAUUCGACAACCAACAGCGUGAUCCUCCCCUUCCUCCCAACCAUCCCACCAUCGGUUAUAAGCUGAACCACUUCAUGCUGCGCAUCCGGGAUCCGGCAAAAUCCAUCCCCUUCUAUGUCGACCUCAUGGGUAUGCGAACCGUUUUCACCAUGAAUGUCGGUCCGUUCACGAUAUAUUACCUCGGAUACCCUCAGACCGACGAACAUCGGGCAGAUCUGAUGAAAUUUGGCGCCGACACCGCCGCUAAGCUUCAACACACCUUGGGAUUAUUGGAGCUGUAUCAUGUCCAUGGUUCAGAGAAACAGGAUCCCGGGUACUAUUCGACGGGAAAUGAACCUGGGCCUCUGGGAUUUGGUCAUCUCGGAUUCACCGUGCCGAGCGUGCCCGAGGCUCUCAAGCGAAUGAGGGAGAACGGCGUCGAAGUAUUGAAGGAUUUGGGCGUCUGCACGAGACAGAGCAUUCCGAUCAGUGAUUGGGAGAACGAGCGUGGCAUAGGUGUCGAAGUCAAGGGUACCGAGAGCGAGAUCCAUGACGAAUAUAGGAAGGUCUUCGAGAAGAUUGCGUUUGUGAAAGAUCCAGAUGGAUAUAUUGUCGAGUUAGUGCCGCAGAACAUGCGUCCUCUAGACCCGUGA